UGAGGUGUAUGAGAUGGUAGUAACUGAGGCAGCCAUCAGUCAGAGCAGCAAACACUGAGCGACGCAGAACCUCCAGCCUCUUGUUUGGCGUUGAGAUACUGAACGACUGCUUGUCCUCACAGGAACUUGGAAUCAAUCCUACUCUGUUUUUCUCUUCCCCUGAGAUUUUUUUCUUUUAUGGUUUUGUGCAAAUUUACGAUGGAGAAUUAAAAUGGUGAGGAAGAAAAAACUCCAGGUGUAUGAAAUUUGUGGAAGCAUGAUGUGGGAUGGAUAAACAACAACAAAACUCUGCUAUGGCCUCAAAUGACCCUGAUCUUCCUGACCUCUCUGGUGACCCUCAACCUGGUGACCUCAUUGAGAUCUUCAGACCAGCCUAUCAGCACUGGGCUCUCUACCUUGGAGACGGUUACAUCAUCAACCUGACUCCUGUUGAUGAGAACCAAGCAGCCGCUAUGUCCAGCGUGAAGUCCGUCUUCAGCAGAAAGGCCAUUGUGCGCAUGCAGCUGCUGAAGGAGGUGGUGGGAAGUGACUCGUACCGUGUCAACAACAAGUACGACCACAACCACACGCCCUUGCCCGUUUGCGAGAUCAUCCAGCGGGCUCAAGUGCUCAUCGGACAAGAGGUGUCUUAUGACCUGCUGGGGAGCAACUGCGAGCACUUUGUCACCCUUCUGCGCUACGGGGAGGGGGUUUCCGAGCAGGCUACACGGGCCAUUGGAGCCAUCAGUUUGGUGACGGCAGCAGCCAGUGCAUUCUCUGUCCUGGGACUGAUCAACACACGGUCCAGAAACAGGCCUUUCUGACAGCUGUGAUCUUCACUGAAGGGUCUUGUCCCCCAACAUUCAUGUGGCUGUGACAAAACAACAAAUAAAUAAAUACAAACUGCAUCAACAA